UUUAACACUUGCAAGCUCCUUCUCCAGCCAGAGACCUGGGCCAAAGCUGGAGUUGAGAAGACCUUUCCUUCACAACAAGCCCCCACCUCAAGCAGUUUCUUCAGUUUUAACAAAAUGUCCUAUUUGUUCCAACCUUUCAAAUGAAUCUAAUUCUAACUAGCUUGGCAAAGUUAUAGGUAGCCUCUGAGACACAGCUGAGUUCCCAAACUGUCCUGAUAUAUCCUGGACACACAGUCCUUCUCAGCUUCUUCCCACUUAGCCUCACCAUCCUGCAAGACCCCCUCAACCUUGGUAUUCCACCUCAUCGAUAUCCUCUUCCUUUCUGAUUGGAAAGUGGGGUCAUGAACUCUAAACCUUCACUUAAGAAGAGACUCCAGCUCAGGCACCUCAUCUCUCUCCUGGCAGCACCACUUUGGGACUUCUCUGAUUGACUUCUCCACCAUACCUUGUCAGGAAAUCCUCCAGUACCUGAAUGGGAAGAAAACACAGGAUAUUUCCCAAGGACUUGGUCCAGUUCCCUCAGAGUAGCCACUGGUACCCGGCCAACUCGGUGCUGUUGCCAUGUCCCCCUCACCGGAUUUCACCAUUGUGGGAAAAAGACCAUCUGUCCCAGACUGAGCAAAUGUCCCAUCUUGACCCCCAGACCAGAAUCACAGCCAAAACUCCACCACAUUCUUAUUACUAUCAGAAUGAACUUGGAUCCUCACCAUGGCUAAAACAUCUGGCCACAGCUACAGAACUGUCCCAGUCUUUUGCCAGGACAAAGGCUGUGCCUUUACCUCACCUUUAUCACCAGGAUAUGACUAAAGUGUCCCCAAGUCACAGAUACCAGAAAGUCGCCUCAGUCUUGCCUUUACAUAAUAGGUAUGACAUCAAGGACAAAAUAGCCUUGAAAUCCUUCCACCAGGACAUGAUUCCUUCAGGCUCUGACCACCUUCCCAAGAUUUUCCUGAGCAGUGACCAUUCAACUGAGAAUUUAUUACCCCUCAACCAGCAACUCCCAUCUCCACCAUUCUUUGACAAUAAGGCUGAGCUUUCCUCAUUCCUGGGCCAUAGGUCCAUGACUGAAGGAAGAAUAUAUCCUGACUUCCAUGGCAAGGACAAGCCAUCUGUUAUCUCAAUGAGUCCCGGUAACCAGGCUAGAGUUGCAAGGAGGCUCCAGAGCCAAGUCAGGGCUACAACUGCUACGACACUAGGAAGUUUUAACCUGAGACACACUGCCACUCUUACAUCAUCAUCACUUUGCUUUAGCCACUGGUCCAGGGCUGCAGCAUUGAAAACUCCAGUCCUGGACCACUGGGUCCAGGCAAAAGCUUCUAAGAUGUCAUAUCCUGACCUCCACCUCAGGGAAACAGUAUCACUAUUAAGAUGUAUUGACCACCACUCCAGACCCCUGGCUGCAUAUUCAUUAUGCCUGAACCAGAAAACUAGAGCAGCCACUGUAAAUUCAUCCUGCCCCAAACUUUGUGUUAAAAGCACAACUUUGCCAUCAUCGAGUUCAAACUUCCAGGCCAGGACAAGAUCUGCCUUAUCACAAGGUGUUAAGCCAUGGGACAAAGGAUCAGCUAGUCACUGGGUGACAGCUACCUCUGUGCCCUCCUCAUUACAUCACCAAAUGGCUGGUGUUCCAGCCAAACAGGCCUUACCCCAAUCCACUUCUGAUCAUCAGACCACAUGUUCACCCAGUUCUAAAUACUAUCAGGUCAAGUACGUGACAGACCCUAGUACCCAGGACUUGCUUCAAAAAGAAAAAGGCCACUAUGAAGUGAUUCCACAAGAUCGGGACUACCAGUUCACAAUGUUAACAGGUCAGGUUUACUGGGCAACACCCCCAGUGGGCGUGGAAUACAAUGAUACUUCUCCAUCUAACUAUGACAAGAGAGCCACAGCUCCCUUCAGUCAUGGAUACCAGGCUGAGAAUGAACCAGAAUCCAAAGCCCAGGGCACACUUACACCAGAACUAGAUGACUGGGAAACAAUGUCACUAGGACCAGAUUAUGAGGUGACACAUUUCAAAGGCCAAGAUCAAUGGGCAACACCUUCACAGCAUGUAAUAGCCCCUCAGAAAACAAUUCUAUCUGGUCCAGAAAAACAGACUACACCUCUACCCAGCAAGGAUCACCAGGCUGAGGCUAUAGCAGUAGACUCCAGUGCCCAGGUCAUAUUCCAACAAGAACUAGAUGAAUGGGAAACAAAUUGGAGGAAAGACCAAAAGUCUUCAUCUCCACCCAGCAUAGACCACCAGGCCCAAGAUCCCCCAGAAGAUCCCAGGGACCAAAAUGCAUUCCAACAAGAAUCAGAAAAGUGGGAAAUACUUUGUACAAAGCAACUAGACCGUAAGUUGACACCUCCGUCCAGUGACGACCACCAGACUGAGGCUAAACCAGAAGACCCCAGUGCCCAGGUCAUAUUCCAUCAGGAACUAGAUGAAUGGGAAACAAUUUGGAAAAGAAGACUAAAUCACCAGUCCACACCUCCACCAAACAAUGACCACCAAGCUCAGGGUACACCAGAAGAUCCCAGUGUACAUAUUACACUCAAAGAAGAACCACAUGAGUGGGAUAGAUUUUGGCCAACAAGACUAGAUAACCAAGACACACCUCCACCUGGAAAUGACCACCAAGCCCAGGAUAUAUCAGCAGACCACAGUGCCCAGAUUGUCUUCAGUCAAGAAGUAAAUAAAAAGGAAAUAUUUUGGACACAAAGACUAAACCACCAAUCCACACCACCACCAAAUAAUAACCACCAAGCCCACGAUACCCCAGAAGACUCUGGUGCACACACAACACCUAAACAAGAACCAGAUAAUUUGGGCACAUUUUGUACAAAAGGACCAGACAACCAAGCUACACCUUCACCUGGCAAUAACCAGGAAGCCCAGGAUAUACCAGCCUCCAAUUCUGAGGCUUCAUCAAAACAAAAAACAGUUGAGUGGGAAACAUUUUGGCCAAGAGAACUACAGAAGCAGGGCACAAUUCUAACAAACCAGGUUUUCUCGGCAACCUCCAGAUUGGAUCUAAAAUACCAAGACAGAACUUCCCCUGAUCUUCACCAUAGGGCCACACUUCCACCUAGCCAUGGUGACCAGGCUUCAGAUGUAUUAGAACUCAGUGUCCAGGCCACACAACAACCAGAACUAGGCAAAAGGGAAACAUUUUGGCCAAGAGAACUAGACAAGCAGGCCACAACUCUAAAAGACAAAGUUUGUUGGGCAACAUCCUCAUGGGACAUAAAAGACCAAGGCAGAACUUCACCUGACCUUCAUCAGGGGGUCCCACCUCCACUCAGCCGUGAGGAGAACCAAGCUUCAGAUGUAUUGGACCUCAGUACCCAGGCCAUAACUCAACAAGAAAUAGAGGAGUGGGAUACAUUUUGGCCAACAGAAGUAGACCAGCAGGCCACAACUCUAAAAGACAAGUUUUACUGGGCUACACCUACAUUGGGUCUAAAAGACCAAUACAGAACUUCACCUGACCCUCUUCAUAGGAUGACACCUCCACCCAGCCAUGAGAACCAGACUUCAAAUUUAACAGACCUCAGUGCUCAAGCCAUACUACAACAAGAACUAGGUAAAAGGGGAACAUCUUGUCCAACAGAAGUAUAUCAGCAGACCACAACUCUAACAGACAAAGUUUACCAGGUGACAUCCCCAUCGGAUACAAAACACCAAGACAGAAUUUCACCUGACCUUCGUCAUGGGACCACACCUCCACCCAGCCAUGAUGACAAGGCUUCUGAUGUAUUGGACCUCAGUACUCAGGCCACACUCCAACAAGAAUUGGGUAAAAGGGAAACAUCCUGGCCAAGAGAACUAGACAAGCAGGCCUUAGCUCUAACAGACAAGGUUUACUGGGCAAUAUCUCUAUAUGACAUAAAACACCAAGACAUAACAUCACCCGACCUUCAGCAGGAGGCAACACCUCCAUCCAGCCAUGAUGACCAGGAUUCAGAUGUAACAGACUUCAUUGCUCAGGUCACACUCCAACAAGAACUAGGUGAAAGAGAAACAUCUUGGCCAACAGAAGUAGACCAUCAGGCCACGACUCUGAAAGAUAAGAUUUACUGGGCAACCCCCACAUUGGAUCUAAAACAUCAACAAAGAACUUUACCUCCCCCUCACCGUGGGACCACAACCCCACCCAGCCAUGAGGACAAUGAUUCAGAUGUAACACACCUCAGUGCUCAGGCCAAACUCCAAGAACUAGAUGAAUGGGAAACAUCUUGUCCAACAGAGCUAGACAAGCAGGCCACAACUCUAAAUGAAAAUGUUUAUCGGGGAACAUCCCUACGGGACAUAAAACACCAAAAGAGAAUUUCACCUGAACUUCACUACAAGGCUACACCUCUCCCUAGCCAUAAGGACCAGGAUUCAGAUGUAUCAGACCUCAGUGUUCAUGCCACACUCCAACAAGAACUAAAUGAAUGGGAAACAUUUUAUCCAACAGAGCUGGACAAGCAGGUCACAACUCUGAAAGACAAGGUUUACUGGGCAGCAUCCACACUGAAUCUAAAACACCAAGAAAGAACUUCACUUGCCCUUCACCAUGGGGUCACACCUCUUCCCAGACAUGGUGACCAGGCUUCAGAUGUAAUUGACCUCAAUGCCCAGGCCACACUCCAUCAAAAACUAGGCAAAAGGGAAACAUCGUGUGCAACAGAACUAGACAAGCAGGCCACAACUCUAGAAGACAAGAUUUCCUGGGCAGCAUCCCCGUGGGACAUAAAACACCCAGACAGAAAUUCACCUGAUCCUCACCAUGAGGCUACACCUCUACCUAGUCAUGAUGACCAGGCUUCAAAUUUAUCAGAUCUCAGUGCUCAGGAAACACUCCAGCUAGAUAUAGAUGAAUGGGGAAAAUGUUGGCCAAUAGAACUGGACCAGCAGGGCACAACUAUACCAGCCCAAGUUUCCUGGGCAAUAUCUCCAUGGGACAUAAAACACCAUGACAAAACUUUACCUGAUACUGACCACACAGCCUCACCCUCAUCCAGCCAUAAAAACCAGGAUGUGGACGUACCAGAGCCCAGUGCUCAGGUCACACUCCAACCAAAACUAGACCAAUGGGAAAUAAUGCCAUCAGUACUAGAUGAAAAGGUAACAAAUCCCACAAGUCAGCACUCCCAGGCAGUACCUUCAAUGGGCAUAAUAGAGCCCCAGAAUAUAGCUCCAUGUGAUCCUGAGCACCAAACCACACUGCCAUCCAACAGUGACCACCAGGUUGGGGAUAUACCAGAGCCCAAUUCUAAGGUCACACUCCAACAAAGACAAGAUAAUUGGGACAUAUUUUUGACAAGAGAAGACUACCAGACCCACCUUCACUCAACAAUGACUACCAGACCCAGGAUAUUCCAGGCCCUAAAGUCAACAUAAUUCAAAAAGAACAAGAAGACUUGGUUAUAUUUUGGUUAAGAGCACUAGAAUAUCAGGCUAUGACAUCGACAAACCAGCAUCACUGGACUGCACUUCCUUUACUAGGCAUAGAACAUCAUAACAUGAUACAACCUGACCCUGACUACCAUGCCACAUGUACAACCAGCCCUGACCAUCAAGCUGAAGAUAAGAGAGAUCCUAAUGCCCAGGGCAUACUUCAAACAGAACAAGACCCAUGGGAAACAAUGCCACAGGAAAUAGAACAACAGACCCUAAUUCUCACAGCCCAUGAUCAGGAAGCAAUACUUCCACUGGGUGAAAACCACCAGGACAUAACUCUACCUGGCCCUGACAACCAAGGCUUGGUUCUAUCUAUCCAUGACUCUCAAGAUACUGAUGUACCAGGUCCUAAUGCUCCAGUCACAAUCCAGCCAGAACAAGGACAUUGGGAAUUGAUGCCCCCUGAAACAGAGCAUAUGGCUAUAAAAAGUCUCACAGUCCAGCAACAAGAAGCAGCACCUUCCGUGGCUUUAGACCAUGAGGGCACAACUCCAUCUAACUCUAUCCAUUGGACCACUUCUUCACUCAUCACUUAACAUGCAGCUAGACCAGCUCUUCAUAGUUGAACUAUGAAUGGACCACUGGGAAACAAUGCCACCAGCCCAGAAUCUCAACGACACAAGACUGUGAGGCAACAACUACACUGAGCCCUGACUGAGAGAAGCAAAUUUUGCCUGUCUCCAACAAUCAUGACAUACCUCCACACAAUGCCAAGGAUACAACAUCAGACCCCCAUGCUGAGGUUAUAACUUCAAAAAGAACAAAACACUUGGAAACAACACCCCCAAGAACAGAUAACCAGACCAUAGUUCCUAUAAAUCAGGUGCAGGAUGCAACAUCUCUCCUCAACUUAGACCCCAAGCACACAGCUCUACCUGGACCUGAUGACCGUGACUCCAACUCCACCAUGCCCUGACCACCAGGCUAUGGAUGCAUCAGGCAGUAAUACCCAAAUCUCAUUUCAUACACAAGUCCACUUAAAAGCAAUUCAACCAGGAACAAACUAUGAAGCGAUAACUCUCAUCAUCCAGGAUCAUGAAAGAACACAUCUAGUGGGUUUAGACAUCCAAGACAAAACCCCAUCCUACUUGGCCACCAGAUCACUCCUCCUCUGAGUAUUGACUAAAAGGUGAGUGACAUUCCAGACACCAAUGCCCAGGUCUCAGUUAAACCAGAAUUAGACCACUUGGAAACUAUGCCAUUGGCAAUGGACCACCAGGCCUUUCCACCAGGAUCAUGGGGCAACACCUCCAAUGGGCAUUGAUCCUGAUGAUACAAGUCUCCUUAACUCCAACUGUCAGACCAUACCUCUAAGUAGCCCCAACCAAAAGUCAGAAGCUGCUCCAGACCCCCAAACUCAGAACACAUCUCUUUCAGACCUACCUCACUCAGCAAAAAAGUCAUUGAGUACAGAUCAAGAGAUCACACCUCUUAUCAGUCCUGAUCUGCCAGUCACUCUUCUAUCCAGCUCUGAAAACCAGACUGAAAAUAAAUCAGCCUUCACCACUUCCUUGGACACAGUUUCAACAAUAUGAAGGAUUGGGAAAAAGUUCCACCAAGACCAGAAUGUAGUACCACACUUUCCUCAAGUCCUAGCCAUCAACCUAAGGAUAAAUUGAGCUCUGAUCAAAGAGAUGACAAUCAGUCUGAGCUCCAAUAUCAGACCCAGAUAAACAAAACUACACAAUUUCCGUGGUGUUUAAAUUACACCAAAACAUACAUCACUGAAGGAGGGGCAGUCUCUGCUACAACUGUUCAUACCAUCCAUCAUCAAUAAUAUCCUUCAGGAGAAAAUUAAUAAUGACAUCUCUAAGCAGAUUCUCCUGCUGAGAAUGAGGGAAACCUCUGCUCUUGAACCCAGUCAAUGCACCACAUGUGAUUAUGUGGUCUGUUUAAUUUGUGCCUUUUGUAUCCCAAAUAGCUAUUCCCAUAUUCAGGGAAUAAAUUAUCCUUGUAAAGCACAACUGCUGACCAUACCAAAACAUCUGCCUGUUUCUGAGAAGAUGGGUAUGAAAUUUAUCCUCAAGUACUAUGGUCAACACCUUUCUCUUUUUUUAACCUUCAAGCCUCCCAUUGUGGUUUGUCCGGACCCCUAUAUCACUCACCAGCCUUUCUAAACCCUUCCCAUUCAGACUCUGUACUCCCUAUACCUGCAAGGGCAAACUGGCUUCAAUUUAUACUGAAUAAUUAUUUCCUGGCAUCAAGGAGAGCCACAUCUAGAAACCAACAGCCAUCUGUAAGGGAAAUGGACAUGAAGAGCAACAGCAGUAAAGAAGAGGGGGCAAGGACACAUUGGACCUUGUGCAGAUCCCUGCUAAAAAUAUUUCGAACAUGGCCAAGGAGAAAUUAAAUAAACAUCAAUUCCUCUUUAAAAAGGAAU